CAGCUCGCUCAUUGCACAGCUCAAGCAUCGGCGAUGAAGCCUCCUCCGCGCAUUACUCAGCAUUGCAUGCUAGGCUGAUUAACUGGCCAUAGCGACAAGCAGACGCAAUAUCCCUCGACGAGUGACCGACUCGGGGACCCCUGAUAUAUACCCAGAGCUCGCAAUCGUCAAUUAACUCCGGCAGUGCACCUCAAACCUUCUGCCGAUCCAUCAAUGCUCUUUCAGUACUUCUCCCAAGUUGUCUUCGCUGCCUUUGCGCUCGCUCGGCCCACGGUCGACCUCGGAUAUGCCACUUAUGAAGGUGUAUGCGAUGGCGACAGCAAUACGACGCACUUCCUAAGCGUGCGCUACGCUGCUCCGCCGACGGGGGAUCUGCGGUGGCGUCCCCCUCAGCCUCCGCUACUCCAGUCCGGAGUGCAGCAAGCGACUUCGCAGCCGCCGAUGUGCGUACAGGACCCUCGGGGUCAAGCUACGUCUGCUCCGCCUUUCGCGCGUGGCGAGAAGACGGAUAAGAAUGACACCUUGCUUGAUGCAUGCGCCUUGCAGGGGAUCUGUCCAUUGAACGAUCCUACGCCACCCGCAGAUAGUGAAGAUUGUCUCUUCCUGAACGUCUGGACUUCCGGCAACUUCGAGGCGCAGACGAACACCAGCAAGCCCGUCCUCGUUUGGAUUCACGGCGGAGGCUACGGAUCUGGAGGCGCAACAGGCCUCGCGGGCGUCGACGUCUUCGACGGGAAAUACCCUAUCCUUCGCGCUCAAGGCGAUCUGGUGGUCGUCGUCAUCCAAUAUCGUCUUGGGAUGUACGGCUUCCUCGCGGGCUCAGACGUUCAGGCAGCAGGUGCCGCCAAUGUUGGACUUCUCGACCAGCAGUUCGCCUUGCAAUGGGUUCAGGAACACAUUCACAAAUUCGGUGGCAACCCAUCCGACGUGACCAUCUGGGGCGAAUCAGCCGGAGGUGGGUCUGUCUCCGAGCACGUCCUCGCCAACGGCGGAAAGACCUCUCCCCCGCUCUUCACAACGGCCAUCACGAGCUCGGACUACUUGCCUCCGCACUACGACAUUCAGGACCCUAUCCCCGAGGCUAUCUACGACGAGGUCAUCAAGCAGGCUGGGUGCAAGUCGGAGGCCGACGCGCUCGAGUGUCUCCGCAAGACAGACGAUGCCGUGUUGCGUCGUAUCAACGCAGACGUCGCCAUCUCUGCCUACUCGGAUGUUUACAUCUUCAUGCCCGUCGUCGAUCACACUUUCGUCCAGCAAGCACCGACGCAGGCGAUUGCUCAGGGCAAAGUCAAUGGCAACCACCUCUUGUCGGUUAACAAUGUGGACGAAGGAAGGAUAUUCAUAAACGCAACCCGCCUCGGUGGCGAUUCCUUCGAUGCGGCAGAAUGGCUUCAAAAUACGUGGCCACGGCUUACAGACACCGAGAUCGCGGGUGCCCUUGCGCUGUACUCCGAGCUUGCGCCUCUUGAGCAGGCCAUCAAGAUCGACGCCGAUGUGGAAUUCAACUGUCCUACCUUCUCCCUCAUGCGUGCCUUUGACAAGCCGUACAAGGCUGAGUUUGCUAUUGACAACGCGCUGCAUGGCUACGACUUACCUUACUACUUCCCCGACGUUGGAAAGCUCUUCCCGAAGUCGUACAACAACACCGACUUCGACACCGCGUUCGCGUCCGCAUUCACGAACUUCAUCCUGGCGAAAGAUCCGAAUGUGAAGGUCGCUGCGGACAUCACGCCCGCAUGGCCGUCCUGGAGUGACGAGGCGCCGCUCGAGAUGGUCUUCAACAAGACGGAGGAUGGCGUCCCAGAUAUACAGGUCAAGAGUGUUGACUCGAAGCUCUUGGAGCGGUGCAGGUAUGUCUAUCCAGUGCUACCUGUACAAACACGAUGCUGACGUCGAACAGUUACUGGCAGAGCAUCGCGUCUUCGAUUGGACAGUAGAGUAUAUGUUGUUGCAUCUGUGGACUGGACAAGUUAGAUAGUACUUGGUAAUCAGAGGCUUUGCGUUGGAC